AUGUCGAGACCCGGUGAUAGACCAAACCAGGCACAAACCUACAAACUCGUCGUCGUCGGCGGCGGUGGUGUCGGAAAGAGUGCGAUCACGAUACAAUUUAUACAGAUGACUCUCCCAGAUCAGAGUAAUUUAGUAAGAUGGGGUAAAAGUACCAAAAAAACUUGCUAUAUCUGUGGAAAGGCAGUUGGAACUGCUAAGCAUCUGCUGGUGGGAUGUAAGGUACUCCUUGACAGCGGUCAAUACUCGCGUCGUCACGAUAGGGUUCUAGAAGUCAUACGUGAAGCGGUUAGUCUUUCGGUAGCCAGAGCGCAAAAGGGAAUAACCACAAACGAACGAUCAGUAGGUUUUGUGAGAGAAGGCACUAGGGCUACAAAAUCAAACGUCAAGCCUUACUCCAUCCUUAAAGCGGCGUCGGAUUGGACUAUAAUGAUGGACACGUAUGAAAAACAAUAUAAAAUCCCCGAGGAUAUUUGUGCGUCGGCCUCCAGACCGGAUAUAUUUUUGUUUUCGCGAAUUUUAAAGCGCGUAGUGAUGAUAGAGCUUACGGUCCCUUGGGAAACCAACAUCCCCAAAGACCAUACCAUCAAGGUCAACAAAUAUUACGAGCUCACAAACGAACUCACUCGAAAUAGGUUCGUAGUAUAUUUGUACGCGGUAGAGGUGGGAGCGAGAGGUAUAACAGCGAAAUCUCUCUAUAACCUACUAAAGGACUUGGGCUUGUCCAGAACUCACAUUAAUGCUUUCUUGGAACGUACAUCGAAGGCAGCCCUAGUAGGUUCUUUUCAAAUUUGGUUAGGUAGGGAGAGGAGCUUGGACAGUGGAGGUGAGCGUAUAACGCGCAGUUACUUCGUCACUGAUUACGACCCCACCAUCGAGGAUAGUUACACCAAACAAUGUGUUAUAGAUGACAUCCCCGCUAAACUUGAUAUAUUAGAUACGGCUGGCCAAGAAGAGUUCUCGGCUAUGCGAGAGCAGUACAUGAGGUCUGGAGAAGGAUUCCUGCUCGUCUUUUCUGUAGCUGAUCAUGCAAGCUUCGACGAGCUGUUCAAGUUCCACAAACAGAUCCUCAGGGUUAAGGAUAGAGAUGAGUUUCCAAUGCUCAUGGUUGGGAAUAAAGCUGACUUAGAACACCAGAGAGUGGUAACGCUGGACGAGGCGCAAGCUUUAUCGCGCCAACUAAAAGUACCUUACAUAGAGUGUAGCGCGAAGGCGAGAAUGAAUGUAGACCAGGCAUUCCACGAGUUAGUCAGAUUGGUGAGGAGGUUUCAAGAAGCAGAGAGGAUCCAUAUUAAAUCAGAACAGAGGAGCAGAAAGAAGAAAUGCACGAUUUUGUAA